AUGAAAAGUGCUAGACAGUUUGUUUUUGAUGGACUACCAGUGGAAAGCACUUCGAAAGCAUAUACAAGUUCUUCAGAAGACAAGACGGUUGUGGAUUUUGCUUCUCCAAGUAGUACCAACAGCCAAAGCUCAAGGGGGUUCUUUGAAAAUUUGUUUUACGUUCCUGCGUAUUGUGCAACGCUCCAUUGGUGGUGGAGGUUAAAGUUUUUGCGUUUUGAAGAAUUUGUUUGUGCACACCAUUGGAAGGUUCUCAGUUCCAUAGUAGUACUUAGUCUAUUUUGUUUUGGCCUGAAAGCGGUUACUGUCGACACUAAUUUUGACAAGCUGUGGAUUGAAGAAAGUGAUCGUCUUACUGCUGAGUGGAAGUAUUUAACUAAAGCAUUACAAAAUGUUCAUACUGAAACAUUAUAUGGUGAUUUGUAUUAUUUUUCAAAAGAUACUAAAUUGUCUAGAAUGACAUAUCAUUCUCAGAGAGAUGAAAUAGACGAAAAAGAGACUGAUAUAUUUUCUUUACCAUCAACUAUGUCCAAAUCUAAAACUGAAACAGAUUCAUCCCUGAAUAGUCGUGAAUAUAUGGGUAGUAUGGAGACAAUAUUACAAACUACUAUACCAUAUACUAGCAGUCAAACAUUUUCUGAGCAUAUUAAAUCAUCAAAUUAUAUCCAUUCAGAUAAUAUUAAUGAUAACAGCAAUGUUGACGAUGAUAAUUAUGUUGAUAUUCUAACUCCUCAAGCUUUAUUAGAUCAUAUGGAGUUUUUGAUCAAAGUAAGACGACUUACAAUAACAGUUGGUUCAUCAAAAUGGUCUUUUAAAGAUUUAUGUCAACGUGUUAGCCUACCGUUUGGUGUGGAAAUGCAUCAUUUACAAGCUUAUCUGGAUAUGAUUAUACCGUGCAUUAUUAUCACACCAUUGGAUUGUUUUUGGGAAGGUGCGAAAGUUCUUGGUCCUGAGGAAGCAAUGUGGGUCCCCUGGUUUGAUGAACGCACUCUACUUCAAUGGACAAAUAUUGAUCCUGUUGGAUUACUUCAAGACCUUUCUAAACGCUAUGGAAAUUAUUCACAAACUGAAAUUAAAAAUCUAAUUAAUCUAUUUUAUGAUUCUGGUAUUAAUCAUGGCUAUUUGAAUCGUUCUUGUUUAGAUCCAUUAGAUCCAGCAUGUCCAGUAUCAGCUCCUAAUUAUAGAGGAAAGGCUCCAUAUAUCUCCAAGAUACUUAGUGGUGGUUGUCCUGGAUUCGCUUCCAAAAUGCUUCAUUGGCCAGAGGAAAUAAUAGUUGGUGGUCGAAUUCAUACUAAUAAUAGUUUUGAUAUACCUUUACAUACAAAUAACCAAAAAGUUUCAUUUGAUUUAAAUCAAAAUAAAACUAGAUCUUCAAAAUCUUCUGAUCACUUUCUUUUAUCUUCGUCAGUUAAAUUCAAUAAAACCAGUCACGGUUCAAAAAAUCUUUCUUAUCUAAUAAAAGCUAAUUCACUUCAAUCACUUAUCUUGUUGAGAUCUCCAAGAGAUUUAUAUGAGGCAGUUAGACGAAAUGAUCCUUACAAACAUGAAGAUUGGACAUUGGAUGAUGCUAGACAUGUUUUACGUGAAUGGAGACGGAAUCUAAGACGUUUGAUAAUAGAACACAACACUGGUUUACAACCUAAUGUUGGAUGGCGAUUUUUCGCAUUUACUAGCGCUUCAUUACAUGACCUCUUACAAGAGAUUACACUCCGUCUAGGACCUCUCACAUUGAUUGGCUGUCUUUUGUUAGUGGUUCUUUAUGGCGUUGUCUGUCUUCUUGGUUGGCGAGAUCCUGUUCGUUCACAGUGUUGGUUGGCAUUAUGCGGACUAAUGAUUAUAGCGUUGUCUUCAGUGGCUGGAUUGGGAAUAUGUGCAGCUGUUGGUAUUCCUUUCAAUGUAUUAACCAUCCAGGUAUUACCUUUUCUUCUCCUUGGUCUGGGUGUAGACAGUAUAUUUGUUUUGACCACUUGUCAUGAAUGCUGUAUCGCUCGACGUGUUAUUUUGUUGACAAAUUCAUCGCCUCCUUCGGAUUUGAGCACUUCGUCGUCAGCAUUCUCCUUAUCUUCAUGCUCGUCGAAAUCAUCCAAUCCUGUCCACGUAUUAUCUGUACAUGGUCCCAGUCUACUUUUUGGUACAAUAUCUUUAGCUGGUGCUUUCUUUUCUGCUGCAUUUAUCCCCGUCCCGUUAAUUCGCCAAUUCUGUUUACAGGCUGGUAUUCUUAUUGUUGUACAAUCGAUCAAUGUAUUUAUGCUCUUCCCUGUUCUAUUACAACUUGAUGCCACUCGUCGUAAUCAAAAGCGUUUAGAUGUGUUGUGUUGCUUACGUCAACCGCAACUAGAAACAACGAUGAUGUCAAAUCCCCCCAAAUUAACCACUUUUUGUCAAUCUGAAUCAUAUCAUUUACGACCAUUUAAUUACUAUUCUGGUAGUAAAAAUUUAAUUCCUAGUCGUUGUCAUCGUCAUCAUCAUCACCACCACCAUCACCAUCAUCAUCAUAAUCAUCACUAUCAUUGUCGACAUUGUCGUUACAUUAACUCAAAAAAAUUAAUAGGGGGUAAUCGUGAUAUUUCUAUUAAUUUACCAGAGACAUGUAUCAGUUCUGGUUUUUCACAUCCAACUAUACAAGUCAAUGUAGUUAAUCAUCUUCCUAGAUCAAAACGUUCAUUGUCUUCUUCCAAUUUUAACAAUGAAGUUACUAAAGCAAUUGUCAAGACAACAGCUCAUUCUAAUGCUAAUACUGUUCAUACUACAGUUACUCUAACUGGGAAUCAAGAUAAAGAAACAAAUACUACUAAUAAUAUUUCAGAGUCUAGUGGAACUGAAAAUGUAUCAGUUUUGGAGUGUGGAAAAAACUGCCCUACUUGUCAGGAAGUUACUUCAAUACCAGAGCAGGGAAGUCUACAGAAAUGCGUAAAUAAAUCCGAAUCUUAUUCAGAGUCCAGAACAACUAUCUCUUCUUCAUUGCUUGUACGGUUCACUAGACACUUUGCUUUUUUCAUUACUAGCCAUUGGAGUAUACAACUGUGUAUAUGCUUAUUAGGUCUUGGAUUAUUUUGUGCAGCUGUGCUUUGUGCAACUUUUAAACUACGCUUAGGUUUGGAUUGGUCCAGUUUAACACCUUCAGAUACCAUUGAAUAUGGGUUUAUAAAAACGGCGGGUCAAGCCUUUGGUUUGAGUAAUUUUCAUAUUAUUGCUCGUGGUUCUGAUCUGCCUGGUUCUCGGCCGGUAUCUAGUCAGUCACUAACACAAUAUACAACUUCAACAGCUUCCAGUGGAACUUCUGCCCGAUCCCGCGUAAGCUUGGCUACUGUUGGACGAGGGAUAGACUUUCCAAUGCAACAGCGCCGUCUACGUUGGAUGUAUGACUGUUUAACCGGUGUUUCAGGCGUUAUGUUAUCUGGACGAAAGGUGUGGCUAGAUACAAUGCGUGAUUGGUUGGAAGAGGUGCAAAAUGCAUUUGAUAAAGAUCGUAAACGAGGAUACAUUAUGGAUAGUGGACAUUGGAAUGCCAACGCAAGUGAACUUGGUAUUCUUGGUUUGCGAUUAAUCGUUCAAACUGAUCGUGGUCCUGAGUUAAGUAGAAUUAAUACUGGUCGCAUAGUUCGUGGUGGUAUAGUAGAUCCACCAGCUUUCUAUACACUAUUACGCGUUUGGCGUUCCAAAGAUGCUUUGAACUUUUCUUCUCUACCUUGUAUUAUUUAUCCAGAACCAAGCAUAGUUCAUGUAGGUCGUCUAACUGGUCCUGGACGCCCUUCAGAUCUGCAUGCAUUAUCUCCGGCUGAACCAAUCGAAUUUGUUCAAACAAGCUUUUACGCUGUAGGUGUUAGCGAAAUGAAUUCACAGCUUGAUUUAGUUCAGCAAAUUCGACAUAUUACAGAAACUGCAACCGUUCAGGGUGUUCCAGCUUUUCCUACUGGUGUUCCGUUUACAUUUGUUGAACAUUAUAUUUAUUUGGUUCGAGAGACAGCAAUCGCUUUCGGCAUAUUUUGUACUGUAAUUCUGUUUACUGGAUUAAUUUUAUUCUCGUCUCCGAUUACUGUUUUGCUUCUACUUAUAAUUGGAGCUGUUGGUGGAGCAUGUUCCGCGAUCAUUGGUUUAGUUAUUCUUAAUUUGGCUUUGAAUCCUAUUUCUGCUUGUUUAUUAUUAGUGUCCAGUGGUUUAGGGGCUAGGAUAUCUGUUGGAUUUCUUGGAUCUUGGCCAGUAUCUCAUUUGUAUACAGAUUCAUCUUCGAAUCGGUCAACUCGUAAAAUAUGCUUAUGUCAGUCUAAUUCAUCAUAUGGAUGUACGGUAUCUGAUUCAGUUCAAUUUUGUACUCGUGUUCAAAAUCCCAAAUAUGAUUCCAAACAAAUUACACUGUCUAAAUCACCUUCGUCUGCUCUUAAUACUACUAUUACCGUUUCGGAACGUCGUCAACUAGUUAGGGGUCAAAUAGUUCGUAUACUGAGUAAUCAUUUUACUCCAGCUUUUCAUGCUACAGUUGGACUUUUGCUAGCGUUAUCUUUACUCGUUGCUGCUCGUGUACAGUUUAUAGCUGAUUACUUUUUCCGUCUGAUCGUUAUUGUUAGCUUUGUUUGUUUAUUCAAUGCUGUGUGUUUAAUACCAACUAUCUGUUAUCUGAUUGGUCCAUUUCACAGCCGUUUCAUACUUGGACGACGUAAUUUGUCGAAUAUUGCUUCAACAUCACAUAAAUCACGAAUACAACAAGACGAUACCAACUAUCCUUCUCAUCUUUCUCCAGCAGUGAAUAAAACUAUUCAUUAUCUGAAAUGUCAUCCGUCAGGAAUAAAUUUUAAUUCUGAACAACAUCAUAUCAAUAUGAUAAAUGAUUCACAGUCAUCUUUUUCAAGUUCACCUUCUAAUGUGUCCCCAAGUCUAUCAUCACCAAGUUCUUCUCGUUCAUCCAGUUCCUUUAGUCAUUCAGAACAGAAUCAUAAUGAUGAAUCUAGUCAAAAUAUGAAAAUCUCUAGUAAAACAGAAUCAAUUUGUAAAGAGUCUAACUGUUUAACUAUGAAAGAAUCACCAAAAGAUAUUGUUCAUCAUGGUUUAAAUUAUUCAAAUGAUCAUUCUACAUGGAUGAAUCGUUCGACUGAACAAUGUUCAUCAAAUGCUGCCGCUACGGCAGCAGCGGCCGCUGUUGUUGUUGCCGCAGCAGCCGCCGCGUCUGUUCGAUCUCGACCACCUAGUCUAAGUACUAUUUCAGAAGAACCUUCUCAUUCCAGCUCAACUGUAAGUUUAAAUCAUACUACCCCACCAAAUAGUGGAAAUGGUUCUGGAUGUAGUAGUACUGGUAGUAGUAGUAGUAAUAAUAAUAAUAGUAGUUAUUUGCCAAAUUUUGAAAAUGAAGAUAUUUCAUUGAAUUCUACUGCAUCUUUUAAUUCUGUUGGUUCGAUAAAAAACUACUUUACAUCACAAAAUCUGCCACUCAGUCUUGUCACCUCAGUUGAUCUUAUCAGGAUGAGCAGACUUUUAAAUCCAAAUAUUUCUGCUAAUGAGAUAUGCGAAAGUUUAUGUAGCUCAAUUACAUCUCCUGCUUCUUCAAAUAUUCAUACGUCUGUUAAAAGUCAUCGAACUAGUAAGAACAGAGAAUUGGUCUUAGAUCCAAAUGUAGCAUGUACAUUAUUGGCAGCUGUAACAGCGACUAGUUAUCAAACUGCAAACAAACCAGUCGUAGAGGUAACACAUGUUGGACAAAAUGAAAAUAUCCCACCACCUUCAUAUUCAAGUGUAGUUAACCAAUCUCACUCCAUCGAGCGUGAUAGAUCCUCUCAACGCAUAUCAGUUUCGUCUCAUCAACAAAAAGCUUACAGAGGUCAUGAUAUUUCUACCCGUGUAUCAGAUAACGAGAUAUCUGUUAAGUCAUUUGCAGAUAAUUAUGAGAUCUCUGAUCCUACUACACAAUUGGCUGCCAAUAAUAUUUUUCAGCCUAAUUCUCACACUACCUCAUCAUCAUCCUCAUCAAAAACUUUUAAGACUAAUUAUCACCAUUUAAGAAAGAAAAAUGUAUCAUUAGUAUUUUCAUCUCCUACUCAUUUACAUCAAACUACACCAGUAAAUACAAGCUCAAACUGUAAAAUCUCACAAUUACCUAAUACCGGUCCAAAUUCUUCAACUACACAUUUGA